UCUAUCUCAUUAUAGCAUUGUAUUAUUUUACUGUUUAUAAUUGGCUUAAACUUAGCAUUUUAGUGUAAUGUUAGCUUAUUUAUAUAAUUAUACUCCUAAACUUAGAAAUUUACAAUCAAUCUCAUACAGUUAAGCCAUGAAUAGGGUAAAACAAGAACUAGAAUCGGAAAAUUUGGUGGCUUGUCGUAUUUGCCUGGCUUGGGAAGGCAGACUCUUUGAUAUCAGAGAAUGCGGUCUGGAUCAGGUCUAUGUGGAGCUUAUGGGCACAACUCUGUCAGCGUGGGACGGGUUCCCGCAACACCUGUGCGUGUGGUGCCGCGCGCAGCUGGCGCGGGCGCAGGCGCUGCGCGCGCGCGGCCGCCGCGCUGACGCUCUGCUCAAGCACGCACUCAUGCACCAGCACUUUAUUUCAAAUAGCUAUGUCCGAACUAUUGAUAGAAAAACACAAAAACUAACACAUCCUCUCUCUAACCACAUUACUAAAGAAACUUUUGAUAUUGUAUUUAAAGACACUAUUCAGACAAGCAAUGAUGUAAAAGAUGAAUUAGAACGUGAUAUGACAGUUGGCGAUGAUCAUGUUGAUAUGGAUGAUGAUCUAUUUCUACCUAAUGAUAAUAUGAAACCAUUUGAUAUUAACUUUGCUGAUGUCUCACUAGUUAAAGAUGAUGAUUUAACAGAAGUAAUUCCAGAUAAGAGUAAAAUUAUAAUAGAAGAAGUUAUACCUAAAAGAACAACCAGAAAAGCUAAAAGAAAAAAAGCAGAAGAAAUUGAGAUUGAAAUUCCUAAAAGGAAAAGAUCGCAAAAGAAAUCUCAAGAGAAAGAAUCAUCAGUUAAAUUUGUAGUUAAAAAGAAAGAGAAACGUUUAAAGAAGAGUAAAAUUAAAAGGGAAGAAGAUUAUAAAGAGUUUGAGAAGAAAUAUGACUUCCAAGUGAAGUGUUUGACAGAAGAGGAGAUGGUGGAAGAUAUGGAGAGGAGAAAGUUGUCUGAUAAGGCCAUUAAGGGUGUGGUGAAGUGCCAGCUGUGCUAUAAAGGGUUUAUGAAUAAUACUACUUUGGAGAAUCAUAUGAAGAUUGCACAUGAUCCGUCCGUGGGUUCGAACGAGUGCCACCUUUGCCAUUGUCGCUACAGGUUCGCUGUGAAUCUCCGGCAACAUGUCCAAAAUGCACACCAGCUCAUGUUCAAAUGCAGGCAAUGCGGGGAGAUCGUGUGGGGCGAGUCGCACGCGGUCCUCCACGCCGGCAUACACGCGGGGACGACUCUGAAGUGCCGACAUUGUGACAAACAAUUUGUGAAGAAAACGACCCGUACGACACAUAUGCGUAUGGCGCAUCCAGUAGAGAACGCAGCCGGGGGCACGUGUGAAGUGUGCGGGGAGACCUUCACGAGCCGGCGAGGUCUACGGAGCCACAAGGCGCGCACACACAACAAGCAACUGCAGCCGUCUGUGCCGGGCUUGUUCUGCCGGAAGUGCCGCGUGCAGUUCGAGUCUAAGCAGGCCCUGCAGCACCACAAGCAGCAGCAGGACGGCCAGCGCUGCCACAACAACCACAGUGCCUGCGAGCAGUGCGGCGCGCUGUACCCGACCGAGGACGAGCUGAUACGUCACAAGCACGAGGCGCAUGGCAUACAGCUUUUCACCUGCGACGCGUGCUCCAAAUCCUUCCUGUCCAAGGUGUCGCUCUCUGUGCAUAUAGAUCGCGUGCACCUGCACAUCAAGCCUGUGCGGCCCAACCGGCCCAAGCCGGCCGGCGAGCGCCGCGGAUCCAAGCCCAAGCCGAAGCAAAAGUUCAAGCUGGACAACAUGUGCGAGAUCUGCGGCAAGGCUUACUCGGUGAGUGGUCUACACACACACACACACACACAUACAACCGGCCCAAGCCGCCCGCCGCCCGGCGAGCGCCGCGAAUCCAAGCCCAAGCCGAAGCAAAAGUUCAAGCUGGACAACAUGUGCGAGAUCUCCGGCAAGGCUUACUCGGUGAGUGGUCUACACACACACACAUACAACCGGCCCAAGCCGGCCGGCGAGCGCCGCGGAUCCAAGCCCAAGCCGAAGCAAAAGUUCAAGCUGGACAACAUGUGCGAGAUCUGCGGCAAGACUUACUCGCCGGCCGGUGAGCGCCGCGGAUCCAAGCCCAAGCCGAAGCAAAAGUUCAAGCUGGACAACAUGUGCGAGAUCUGCGGCAAGGCUUACUCGCCGGCCGGCGAGCGCCGCGGAUCCAAGCCCAAGCCGAAGCAAAAGUUCAAGCUGGACAACAUGUGCGAGAUCUGCGGCAAGGCUUACUCGGUGAGUGGUUUACACACACACACACACACACACACAUACAACCGGCUCGAGUCGGCCGGCGAGCGCCGCGGAUCCAAGCCCAAGCCGAAGCAAAAGUUCAAGCUGGACAACAUGUGCGAGAUCUGCGGCAAGGCUUACUCGCCGGCCGGCGAACGCCGCGGAUCCAAGCCCAAGCCGAAGCAAAAGUUCAAGCUGGACAACAUGUGCGAGAUCUGCGGCAAGGCUUACUCGGUGAGUGUGGUUUACACACACACACACACACACACAUACAACCGGCCCAAGCCGGCCGGCGAGCGCCGCGGAUCCAAGCCCAAGCCGAAGCAAAAGUUCAAGCUGGACAACAUGUGCGAGAUCUGCGGCAAGGCUUACUCGUGCCUGGCGCUGCUGAAGACGCACCAGAUGCGUCACACGGGCGACCGGCCCUUCAAGUGCACGGAGUGCCCCAAGGGGUUCGUCACGGCCACGCUGCUCCGGGAGCACCGCGACAUCGUGCACGCGCGCCUGCGCAAGUACCGCUGCCCGGAGUGCCCCAAGACGUUCCUUCACCAGUCCUCCGUGUACGUACACCGAGCUAUCCACACCGGGGAGAAGGCGUACGAGUGCAGCUUCUGCGGAAAGGCGUUCACGCAGGCCGGCACGUUACACACACACGUCAAAUUCGUGCACAUGAAGGUCAAGCCCCCGCCGAGGCGAAGGAACAAACACUUGGACGCCUGAGUAUUGCAGAUAUCGCAGCGAUAUGGUUUUUUUUUGUAACAGCGCUUGUGUUGGUUAGGACUAGAAUCUGACUGAGGACUUUGAGUCUUCUGCUUCAUAAUUAAACUCAGUUUUUUAGACUCUUAAAAUUAAGUCCAAACUCAAGUACUUUUCAACUUGUUAGAGACCAGAGUCUUUUAUGACUUGAGUUUUAUUUUCAGAAACGCUUGAUUUUUAGCAAAUAGUUUCGAAAUGCAUUGUCUUUAAAUAUUUAAAAUCAUACAAUAACGGCUAAUUUAUUUACUGUCAUUUAGGGAAAACCUAUAAAAUUGUUGACGGAGACUUUAUUCGGAGGCUGGAGUCCUUUUGAGUUGCUCUUAAAAAAGACUUAACAAAGGACUCGACUCGGGACUUAAAAUACUCAAGAGCUGAGUGCUUCAAAUUGACU